AUGAUGGCAUCGUGCAUCGCGCGGGUGGGAACCACCCGUGCGCUAGUCCACAGCCCUCGCGCUGGGGUCGCGAGCGAGCGCGCGAACGGAGGCGCGCGCGUGACCGCGCGCGGCGUCGCGAAGAGAUGGGCGGACGCCGUUUCGAUCGUCGGUCGCGGAAGGACCGCUGUCGCCCGCGCCGAGGGCGAAGGCAGCAAGAAGGACGACACGCUCUCGAGCCUCGCCGCGAUUUUAGGCGAGGACGCGGAGGCGGAGGCCGCGGCGGCGAAGGCGGAGGAGGAGAAGAUCGAGCGCGAGCUCGCGGCCGCGAAGAAGGAGAGAGACGCCGCGUUGGCCUCCCGCGCGGCGAACAAGGACAAGCCCGCGCCGGUCGUCAACCGCGCGGCGAUGUCGAGCAUGGACGACGAGGACGGCGACGCGACCGCCGCGCAGCGAGGCCUCGCGGCGCUGUCGUACCUCCUCCCCCUCCUCGACGGCCUGAAGUACUCGAAGUUUCUUCUCCUGCAGUUCCCGCUGUUCACGCUCGCGCUGCUGCCGUUGAAGCCCGCGAUCGAUCUGUGGUUCUCAUUAGGGUUCCUUCAGAUCAUCGCGUUCUUCGCGCUGUACCUCGGCGUCGUGCAGAACCAGGCGAUGCCCAAGUUCGUGCGGUUCAACGCGCAGCAGGCGAUCUUGUUGGACAUCCUCCUCAUCGUCCCAGACGUCCUCGCGAGGCUCGCGUCCGGGCUCGGCGGCGACGACGCGAUGCUCACGGGCGGUCCAGGACUGGAGGCGCAGGUGUUGAUGUACAACACCGUGUUCUUGUACGUGUAUCUCACCUCCGUCGUGGGCGCGGGGGCGAGCGGCCUCGGGAAGUCGGUGAAACUGCCGAUCGUCGGCGACGCCGCGGAGUCCCAAAUUAACAUGCGCCCGUGA